GGAGCAGGUUGCACUGCAGGAGCAUCAGGAGUAAUAAAGUGGAGGGUGGACGUGGCCCUCUCCUCUUUUCGCCUGCCUCCUCCGCAGUGCACUUGCAGUACUCCGGACAGGACGGUCUCCUGCACCUCCUCCUCCGCCUCGUCUUCACUCUGUGUGCUGGUGCGUUAGUGUGUAAGUAGUGGCGCUGCUGAGGAGGUGCACCUACACUUGCAACUGACUCCGGUCCAGAGGUCCCGGACAGACGCGCGAUGGUGCGGACUCAUUGAUAAAAUCCGUGCCGCUGGAAUUAAAAUGAGCACUUCUGCUGAGCGGCUCUCCUCAUACACAUAGCUCUGCUUUCUCUGCACAACACCUCUUUUAUGUGACUCCGGCUGACGAAUCAGGAUGACUUCUACCUUAUCGCUGGUCAUUUCAUGCUCUUUGGUGGCAGCGGUGCUGGCCUCCAAGACGGAGCGGGCUGUGCUUCUCUCCUGCGAAUCUCGCCAGUUCACCAGGAAUGGAGAAUGCUGCAUUGAGUGUCCACCUGGAGAGGGAGUGUUGAAGAAAUGCGGCGUUACUCAGACCGUCUGCACUCAGUGUUUGGACAGCGAGACCUUCUCUGAGAACUACAGUCAUACAGAGGAGUGCAAGACAUGCACUCAGUGCACCGGGUUGAUGCGGAUGGAGACGCCAUGCACCGACUCCAACGAUGCCAAAUGCAUUUGUAACUAUAACUAUUUCUUCAACACUGUAACUGGCCGUUGUGAGCAGUGUACGGUAUGCCCUUUGGGACAGGGCGUGUACUCCCACUGUGAUCACGAUCACGAUACGGUGUGUGAGGAAUGUGUCGACGAAACCUUCUCUGACGAGGAAAACUCCCUCGAACCCUGCCUGCCCUGCACCAUCUGUGAUGAAAACGAAACACAACAAGCUAAUUGCACGCCAACCAGUGACACUGUCUGCUACAAUCCUAGUUUACCUACCGAUGUCAUUCCUACCUCCGAUUUGGAUAUAUCUUCAUCCUCCCUCCCUGAUCCCUUCCUUCCUGAUGCCUCCUACAGCCCACUGCCAGGAGGAGAAACGACUACGUCCAGCGCUGGUUCUCCUCGCUUCCUCGGUCACGGCCUCAAUGAAAACCUCAUACCUAUCUACUGCUCUAUCCUGGCUGCCAUGGUGGUGGGUCUUGCCGCUUAUCUCAUCUUUAGGAGGUGGAAUAGCUGCAAACAGAACAAACAGGCAGCUAAUAACCGUGGAGCUACAAACAACCAGAUGGUGACGCCGGAAGGAGAGAAGUUGCACAGUGACAGCGGGAUCUCAGUGGACAGUCAGAGUCUGCAGGAGCAGCAGCAGCAACAGCAGCAGGCCCAGGCUGAAGUCCAGCCUCAGCCUUCGCACUCUCAUACACAGGAACAGAUAGUGGUUAGGGUGGAUGGGGGUCCCCAGCCUGACUCGCCUCCCCCUGAAGUCUGAGGAGACGGAGGCCCAAGACAAGGAGAAGACAGUGGGGACUUAAACAGUGGACCAAAAGGAAGACAGGCGGCCACAGAAUGUAAAAACUGACUCUGAUUUAUAUCUGAAGCUGCCACAGAGCGACAUUUCGACUGAUAAGGACCUCCCAGCACCUUUGGGCCACACGCUGACUCUUCCUCCAUGCACAUACAGUGUGCCUGGACACAAUCUCUUUGGCAAUAUCAACCAAAAUCUGAACCCGUGUUACACAGAUAGGUAGAUAUUUGCCAGUGCAUCUUGUAUUACCUGACUAUUCCAGUAUGACAUGACAUAAUUCUCACUAGCUGCCAGUUUAGAACCUCCUAUCCAUCUCAAAGCUUUUCAUUUACCUUUAAAUUUUAUGAUCACUUGCAAUGAAACAUCUAUGCCUGAUAGGUAAAUAGGUAGAAAGACACUUCAUUAUAUUCCCUCUUUUUUCAUGAGCAUCGAAGAGACAAAGGGAGCUUGUCCGUCUCACAUCUUGCUCUGUGGCGUCCCACUCUUGGAUAAUCCUCUGCCUCUCUCCACGAGAUUCACUCUAUUAGACCCCCACUGUCAUCAGCGAUACGAAAAGCAACAGGGGAGCCGUGAGUCACUCCCAACUUCUUCUGAAAUUUCUUUCUCUUGUAUCAUUUAACCACAGAUGCGUUUCAUGUCAUGUUGUCUUAUAAAAAGUCUGCGUCAUUGUUUGAGAUUGGCUACGCCGACUGAUGCGAGUGACUCAUAUUUGGAAAAAGAGGUUAACUGUUUUGUUUUGUUUUUGCCUCAGUGAGAUGCUUCUUCCUGACUUUCUCUCACAAACUAACCUCCGUUACGGCACCUAAAAAGGAUUGUGUUUCGGUAAUUUCACGCUUUUAAUUCAACAUACGCAAAUGUAUAUCUUCUGUUUAUGGUGUGGUACUUUAAUUUUGUGGCUUGAGCUACAUGGCUGAUUCAGCAGUGGUCCUCCACACUCCUCCGUGGAGCCUGGAUGUGCAACAUGAGAGGGAACGUCUCUGCAUUGUGGAGCUCUGCUGACUCAUUGCAAUGAGUUAACAUGCCUGAUGGGAAGGGGAAGCCGUCUAAUGAGCAACAAACUACGUCAUCAGUGCUCAUUAAACUGAUGUUUAAAUGAAUCUGGGACACAAAAUCAGCAACAAGGAAUCCCAUCUAUAACAAUUUACGCUUACUGAGUGGAAAAUUGGGACAACCCUCAGAGGCACACUUUCAUUUCAUAAUCUGCACAAGCAACUACAUCUUCACAUUCUCACUCUUGCAGUCUUUCAUGCAGCUUUGUCUGAGUCUGAUAAACAGUGUGGAGGUGCUAAUGCUUUGCCGCUGGCACUCACAUCAACACGGGACCCAUUAGAGAGACAUCCUGACAGGCAGGUAGUAAUUACCUCAGGGUUUCAGCUUCAUUUACCCUCUGCUCCACUCUCAUUGGGAUUAAUGCUGUGGACAACAGAGGGGUGACUACGCCCUCGCUGAAGCCUCAACGCCACAUUACAAAUCCUUUAUCCCACUCUGAGGCUGCUGACAUUUACUACAUUGGCUGGUGAUAUAAAAGCACUUAGUCCAGGCUCACAUCUAAAGCUGGGUGACACCUUUUAUCAUGGAGGACCACUUUUAUGCUGCCCCCCUCCUGUUGCCUAACGUAGCUGUAAAAGCAAUUGACAUAGAUACCUUGCAAAAGAUUGUAGCUGAGCUCACCUGCAUUGCUUUAGCAUUCAUUCCUUCAGGGGCACGUAUCAUCUCAGGGUCCCUCUUAAUGUGGUGUGGAUAAAAUGAUAAAGAGAUCUUCAGAAAAUUAGUGUGAAUCAUCUGUAAGUUGUGUAAUAGACCUGCUAAGUAGACAAGUAAAGUAGCUAGAAAGACACGGGUUGAUAUAGAUUCAGGAUCUAGAAACAGAAUCAUUUAAAAGAAUAGUUUGAUUGCUUUUUUCACGAAUAUUUUGAUGAGAAGAUUGUUGCUAAUGUCAGAUCUGAACAUUCAAUAUGAUGCUCUCUGAGGCCGGUUAGCUUAGCUUAGAAUUAAUACUACAAAACGGGGGAAAUGGUUAGCUCUGGUCAAAGGUACAAAAUUCACCUACCUGUACCAAGUUCCCUAAUAAACACAUCACUUCACCUAGCUUCAUACGAAACCUCACAUGUAAGAGAUGACACAUGGCUUUUAAACGGGGAUUAUUUGUUAUACCAUUACCUAUGGACAAGUGGAUGUGUUUACUUGUUAGCAGAACUUGUCGAAUUUAAUGACCACCAGAUAGGAAAUGUCACACAGUGAGAAGAAGACAGAGAAAGUGAGUCAUUAUAUCCCACAUGCAUCAAUCACCUGGUCACCAACAGCUCAAGACAAUUAAACUUUCUCUUCACUUGUGAUCCAUGAAUCACUGCAGCAUAAUGAAUGGAAGCAAAUAAAACUCUGCUGUCCUUUGCUCACACCUCCUCAGCUGAUGCGGUGCGGACAUGUGACCACACACACAUACAGACAGUGUAUGAUUCACUCCUCUAUUGUAAGAGCCGGUAUGAGUCAUCCCGAUCCUAGCUCUGGCAGUGACAUUAAAGCAGACUCUGCUACAGUAUGAGCGACCAGAGUGUUGACUUAACAGGAAAGUAAAAAAAAACCCCUUACUCCACGACUGCAUCCCCCUGAGGCCCAAUCAGCCCUCCACCAUUGAACUCAUAUACCCUGAACUGACUUAUUCUGUGUUACUCUAACAGCUUGUAAAGUGAGACACACUGUAGGAAUCUACAACCUGAAUAUAAACAGAAAUAUAUGCAAGACCAAUUCAAGGAUAAGGUUUGAGUAGCCCUAAGUUUUUGUUGUAAAUUGAUUUUUCUUUUUUGUCUUUACAUUUUCCUGUUUGUUUGUAUGAAUGAACAAUAUUACACUUUUGGAAUCCGUAUUUUUUCUAACUGAUGUUAUUUUGUAGCACUUAUUAGACAUAAUAUGAAUGCACUCAAAGAGUGUACCACAGUUCAAGUGCCUGUGUACAGUGUCCAGUAUCUUUGAGUUCAGAUGUAUGGCUAGUUUUCUUUUGCAGUUUUCCACUUAUUUUGUGUUUUUUGUGUAUUUUUAAAAAUAUUUUCAGAGCUAAUGAAGGUUUCUAGUAAAUCGAAGUCAGCACUAUAGAUGAACCUUGGAGACGCAAGCAAACUGUAUAAACUUGGCACCAGUGUAAAGAGACUUACAGUACAAAUAGGUUGCCAGUGAACACAUACUAUAUGUUAACAUGCUAUAAAUACUGGCAACUAACAGGGUCAUGUAGCAUUGCAUAAACAUGCCACCCAGGACUUCUACUCUUAAGCUCACACAUACUAUUUGUCAAUAGAAAUCAGCUCUACGGUACUGAUUUUUUGCAUGUACAGUAAGUUUUAUCACAUACCUCCAUCACAGAGGCAACAAGAUAUGUAAUCUACAGUAAAAUGAAGUCUAUGGGGAGGUUCACUGUGAUACUCUGUGAUAUUAUUACUUGAUACAGAUAGAUCAGGACUUGGUCCCAGUAAAGCUGAAUGUCAUCUGCAGUAACCUACUAAUGUAAAAUGCAUUAUGUAAAUGUGAAUUUCUUAGCGUUGAUACAAUACAGAAAAAUACCCUAGAAAAUGUAUAAAAACAAAAAUAUGUGCAAGUGUAAUGGACAUCCAUAUUAAAAUAAACAGAUGUCAUUGCA